AUGAGUACGAAGGGAAAAGGGUCCGGAGAUACAACUCUGCCUGUAAACUCAAACAGCACUGAUGGCGAUGCCAUCAAGGUGUAUGUACGUGUACGUCCACUGACUCAGGGAACUGGUCUGACCACAGAUGGGGACCAGAGCCUGUGUCUGACUGUGACCUCUCCACAGACCAUCCGGCUCCACUCCAAACCUGAGCCACGUACCUUCACGUACGAUCAUGUUGCAGACAUGGACACCUCACAGGAGUCUGUUUUUUCAAGUGUUGCUAAAGACAUUGUGGAGUCAUGCAUGAACGGUUACAAUGGAACCAUAUUUGCCUAUGGACAAACUGGCUCUGGAAAGACGUUUACAAUGCUUGGUCCUUCAGAGUUGGAUAACUUCUCUGACAACAUGCGAGGAGUGAUCCCUCGUAGCUUUGAGUAUCUUUUUUUCCUCAUCAACAGAGAGGUGGAGAGGUCUGGACAGUCCAAGAGCUUCCUGUGUAAGUGCUCUUUCAUUGAAAUCUACAAUGAGCAAAUCUAUGAUCUGCUGGACAGUGCUUCUGCCAGUUUGUUUCUGCGAGAGGACAUCAAGAAGGGCGUGUUCGUAGAGGGCGCCGUCGAGAAGUACGCCACCUCCGCCGCAGAGGCCUAUCAGGUGUUGUCGAUGGGCUGGCGGAACAGGCGUGUGGCGGCAACGUCCAUGAACCGCGAGUCAUCACGGUCACAUGCUGUCUUCACUAUGUCUCUGGAGUCUAAAGACACCAGCCAAGAACUGGUCAAUAUCCGCACGUCUCAGCUCAACUUGGUUGAUCUGGCUGGUUCAGAGAGACAACGGGACACACACACUGAGGGCUCCAGGCUGAAGGAGGCGAGCAGCAUCAACCGCUCCCUGAUGUGUCUCGGUCAGGUGAUCACGGCCCUGAUGGAUGUGUCCAAUGGGAAGAGCCGACAUGUCUGUUACAGGGACUCCAAACUCACCUUUCUGCUCAAGGACUCCCUGGGAGGAAAUGCUAAAACAUAUAUCAUAGCCAAUGUACACCCUGGCUCUAAGUGCUUUGGAGAGACCUUGUCCACUCUGCAGUUUGCCCAGAGGGCCAAACUCAUUAAGAAUAAGGCCAUGAUAAAUGAAGAUACUCAGGGCAAUGUCAGGCAGCUCCAGGCAGAGGUGAAGAAACUGAGAGAGCAGCUGGCUCAGGCACUCUCUCCCAGAAACAACAUGACUGACGCUGCCCCUGGUGGACCACAGCUGCCUAUAGGUGAAGAGUGUUCCUAUAAGACCCGGUUCCUAGAGGCUGUGCGGCUGUUGAGAAAACGUGGAGAUGAGAAGAAGGUUCUUCAGCAGAAGCUCUCUCGGCUGGAGGAGGCUUGGGCCCAGAAGGAGAAGUUCAUUCAGUCAAACAGAAUGAUCCUGAAGUUCAGAGAUGACCGCAUAGCCCAGCUGAAAAGGGACCUGGAGCGUGCCCAGGGACCUGACCCGGACCAGGACAACCAGGCCUCACUGGACCAGCUAAACCAGGAGAUUCGCAUCCUGCGUGACCAGUUGGAACACCAUCCGCGUAUGAUGCGAUUUGCUGCAGAGAACUACAGCCUUCGUGAAGAGGUUCGCGUGCUGCGUGCGCUAGAUUCAGUGAAAACUGCCAGUUCUGUGGAAGCUCAGAUGGCUGCGGAGUUGGAAGAAGCCUAUCGGAGCAUUCUAGAGAGUGAGAAAAACAGUGAGGGUCCAGGAGCUCCACCCACGUUCUCCACUCCGGUCACUGCGGAGACCAUGUCAGCUGUUUCCGUGGAGAGGCUAAAGGCUCAGUUGAUGCAAAAGCAGUCUGAGGUCACAGCUACGGUGCAGGCUUUUGAAGAGUACAAGCAGGUCACCAAAAAGCAGCUAGCAGAACUGGAGUCUGAGAAGCGGUACCUCGAGACAUCCAACAAGCAUCUGGAGAAGAUUCUAGAAGCCACCAAAGCCCAUACGAAGCAGGAGGUCUCGCAGCUCAAUAAGAUUCAUGUGGAAACCAUCAAGAUCCUCACCACUCCAACCAAGGCCUAUAACCUGCGUAAUCGCCUGGUGCCCUUGUCCAGCCCAGAACACCUGAAUGGACACAGUAAGGGUGAGGAGGAGGUAGACGACAUCCAGAACGAGCAGCCUCCCCCUGAGAUGAAUGAGCUGGCCUGCGAGGCCCUAACAGAGGAACUGAGGCUGGUGCAGGAGCAGGCCAGCCAGAUUCAGAACAAAUUAGACGAAGAGGAGGCAAAGAGCAGAAAGCUAUUGCAGCAUAUCAGCAAGCUGAAGGAGCAAGUUUUCAUGGCUACAGAGGAGUCCAAACGCAGGGAGGAGGAGUUGUCUGCUGAGAGGAGCUCCUGGGCAGAGGAACGACAGAAACUGCAGGAGAGCAUCAGCACCCUGGAACAUCAACUCUCAGAGGAGAAAAGAACAGGGGAUGUGCUGCGCAGUGAGGUGCGUGAUCUGCGUUUGGUGCUUCAGUCGUCUGAUAAGGAGCUGGCAGGUGCCAAGAAAGAGCUGGAAGAGCAGCAAGUGGAGAGGGAGAGGGAAAACACCCAGUACUCCAACAGCCUCAUCAGCACACAGCUACAGCUUGACAGAGUCCAGUUGGAGUUGGAGCAGGUGCUGAAGCAGCAGAGGUUUUUGCAGGAUUCUUACGACACGCUGCAGGCAGAGGCCAAGUUUGAGGCCGACCAGUACAGACAACAGCUAGAAGAACGAUCACGGGAGAACACCACCCAACAGGCUCAAAUUACCGAACUAAUGAAUUCUCUACAGUCGGAGAGGGAACACACUUCUAGUCUGACAUCCAAACUAAAGGCAGACCAAGAGAGUACCUCCAAGGAGCUGGUGCAGUCUAUGGAGGAAAAUGCUUUGUUGAGGAAACAGAUACUGGAUUUGACCUCAGAAAUGCAGCAGCAGGCUGCAAAGGUAGCUUCCCUUGAGCAGUCUCUGAGUGCUGCCAAUGCUGAAGCCGUUAGCCUGGAGCAGAAGAUGGAACAGGACAAAGGGGUGGUGUUGGACCUGAUCAGCCAGACACGGGACCUACGUAGUGAGCUGGGACAGAAAGACCAGAGUCUGGCCCUCCUGUCUGGUGACCUCAAAGACAUCACCGAAAAAUACAGUGUUGUGUGCUCCGAGCGAGAGCAGAUGAAGGCGCUGAUCUCAAACAUGGAGGCUGAAGUCCUGCAGCACAGAGAGGCAUCGGAGCGUCGAGUGGCCUCUGACAGGAUAGAGCUGGAGCUGCUUCAGGAGGAACUGACGUACACCUCAGAGGAAGUGGAGCGUCUCACGAAAGUUUUAGAUGAGCAGACUGCUUUACUCCAGAGCGCUCAGGAACAGAAUGCACAAAGCGAAGCUACAAUCCAGACCCUUCAGGACCAGUUAAAACAGCAGGAGGAGCAGAGGAAGAAGAAUGAGAACGCGAGUGUCAAACAUUCUCCACACGUCUCAGUUUCACCAAACGCACAGCCAUAUACGCCUCAAACACCACGGAGCUUCAACUCCAAUCUGUCCCAGCUUUUGGAAAGUCAGGAACGAGAGCUGGAGAAUCGACGGUCCUCCAUGAUGACCAUGCAAGUUUUACUAAACGAGCUCAACGCAGAACGCAGCGCCAAAGACGAUGAGAUCCACAGGUUAAAGGCUCAGCUGAAUGAGAAGGAGAUCAUUCGAAUGGAAAUCCAGAACCUUCUGGACGAAUUUUACAGAAAGGGGAACCUUCAGACACCUCAUGAUAAGAAUGGACUGCAUCACGUAGUCCUUAGGGAGCUCCAAGACGAAAAGAAUGCAAAGAGCUCUCUUACACAGAGGCUGACUGAAGCACAAGAAAAGCUGCAGCACCAAGAGGUCAUGCUGUCUCAGUCUCAGAAAUGCGUACAAGAGCUUACUAAUGAGCUCAGAAACCGCUGUUUGGAGCUGAGAGACCUUCAGAACAGACACCAGGAACAGGAGAAAUUGGUACAGGAGGUGGACGUCCUCAGAAAGCAGGUGGACUACUUGACAGAGGAGAACGGAAAGCUGGUGGGCCAUCAGAACCACAAACAGAAGAUUGAGUACCUGGUCAAAAUCAAGAAGGAGAACACCAGACUACACGAGGAAAUUGAGAAACUACGGUCAGAGCUGAGAGGAUCAGAUAAAACGCCAAGAAAUCCUGAAAGUGUCUGA